AUGCAGACAAUAAAGUGCGUCGUUGUCGGUGACGGAGCUGUGGGCAAAACCUGUUUGCUUAUCUCCUAUACAACCAAUAAAUUUCCUUCAGAAUAUGUGCCAACCGUGUUUGAUAACUAUGCAGUGACUGUCAUGAUUGGCGGUGAGCCCUAUACUUUAGGCCUGUUUGAUACAGCCGGGCAGGAGGAUUACGACAGACUUCGGCCUCUCAGCUACCCACAAACAGACGUCUUCUUAGUUUGUUUUUCAGUCGUUUCUCCUUCAUCCUUUGAGAAUGUUAAAGAAAAGUGGGUUCCUGAAAUCACACACCAUUGUCAAAGAACACCAUUCCUGUUGGUGGGGACACAGAUAGAUCUCAGAGACGAUGCUGCCACAGUGGAAAAGCUGGCCAAAAACAAACAGAAACCGAUUUUGGCUGAAAAUGGAGAGAAGUUGGCCAGGGAACUGAAAGCUGUCAAAUAUGUGGAGUGCUCAGCUCUCACACAGAAAGGUCUCAAGAAUGUAUUUGAUGAAGCCAUACUGGCAGCUCUGGAGCCACCCGAACCACCAAAGAAGAAGAAGUGCAUCCUUCUGUGA